AUGGCCAAGCAGUACGACGUGCUUUUUCGCCUGCUGCUCAUCGGGGACUCGGGCGUGGGCAAGACCUGCUUGCUGUGCCGCUUCACCGACAACGAGUUCCACCCUUCGCACAUCUCCACCAUCGGAGUUGAUUUUAAAAUGAAGACCAUAGAAGUAGAUGGGAUUAAGGUCCGAAUACAGAUCUGGGACACUGCAGGUCAAGAGCGAUACCAGACAAUCACUAAGCAGUACUACAGACGAGCCCAGGGAAUAUUCUUGGUGUAUGACAUUAGCAGUGAGCGCUCGUACCAGCAUAUAAUGAAAUGGGCCAGUGAUGUGGAUGAGUAUGCUCCAGAUGGUGUUCAGAAGAUCCUCAUUGGCAAUAAAGCAGAUGAGGAAGAGAAGAGGCAAGUAGGCAGAGAACAAGGCCUUCAGCUGGCUAAGGAAUAUGGCAUGGAUUUCUAUGAAACAAGUGCCUGCACCAGUUUAAACAUCAAGGAGUCUUUUACUCGUCUGACAGAACUGGUUCUGCAGGCCCAUAAGAAGGAGCUGGAUGGGCUUCGCACAUAUGCAGCUGAUGAACUGAACCUGGUUGAGCUGGAAGAGGCAGCAAGCAAGCCAGAUGGUACAGAGCAUUCUCCCAAGACCUGUUGGUGCUGA